AACAUUGAUGACUUUUUUUAUCCAGUAAUGGACAACAGAACAAUAAAAAUGCCUGAGAAGAUUGUCAGUGAAUGCUACAACUCUGGGUCAAGUUUCCUCAUUCUCUUUACUGAUGGAACUGGGCAAGUUCUCUAUCCAUCAGGAAAUAUUGGUAUCUUGAUUGCCCGUUCAAAAUCCGCCCAAUUAACCUUCAUAGUCAUGGAAGAUACGAAGCACAAACCACAAAUACAAGCUGUUUUUAUGAGUAAUGGUCACGCAGCCUGCUACCAUCUGAACGGGAGGCUUCGG